AUGGUUGCUGAUUUAUCACUUAUGCAAUGUGCUAACCCUCUAUUAUUCUCAGAGGGAAAUUAUGAAGAGUAUCCGUUUGAAUAUCAAGAUCUAAAGAGGUACUUGAGCACUAAUGAUGAUGGUGAAAACACGCCUUGUAGAAACGUCAAACCAUUCACACAUAUCAAUUAUUUAGAUAUGUUACUGUAUCCGAAUGACGGUAAUUUUGACUUAAAUCGUAAAUUAGUUUGUGAAUAUGCCCUUUUCCAAGUUCAAAGAUCUGAAAGAUUGAAUGAAUUACCACAGUUGGAUAAUUUUUAUCAGCUGGAAAACUUAAAGCAGUUGGAACCAUUUACAGCCAAAUGGUAUCAAUUCAUUAUUGUGCUACUGGAAUCAAUCAAUGCUACAAAUAUUGAAUCAUUGCUCCUUAAGGGUCCACAUCCGUUAAAGAUGUUAGAGCAGAUGAGCGGGACUGAUCUGCAAACGCGUACACCAACAGAUUCAUCAACUGCUGGAACAUUACAAGAGUUGACUUCAUACGUCGUUUCCAGAGCGGUACAGAGAAAUAUUGAGUUAAAGCCAUUGCAUUUGGAUGAUCAGGUAGAAUUCUUGAAAACAGCAUUUGAUACAAUAUUGGAUAAUGGGGCCCCGACUCGUAGCAUGAGCCAUGAUGAUGAUAAACAAAAUUUACAAACUGCUGUUAAUGAUUUACAGCUGGCCAAUACUUUCUUAACGAAACAAUUUCAGAAUGACCAUGCAGAUUAUGUGCAAAAUAUUGAAAAAUUACAAAGGACUAAUAAAGAACUACAGCAAAAAGUACUUGAUUAUCAUUCCGAAUUGGUGAAAUCUGAACAGAAAUUGCAGGAGAAGGAAAAACUUGUGAAAGAAAUGGAAGAUGCUACUUCAAGCAAUAAGUCGUCUAAUUUUAACUACGCAUCUCCUGUAAUGACGAAUGAAAUGUGGUUCCCAAGUAGUCCGGCAUCGACAAACAGUAAUAAUAGCGUUUCAAGCGCUUCACAAUCCAUCGGUGUAAUGAGAACGGAAUUUAAAAAAUUGUUAACAGAAACUCAGAGAAAGCACGACCGUGAAUUACAAUCAGAGCGUGAAUCUAGGUUAAAGCUAGAAAAGGAACUACAACAACUAAGGCAAUCAAAAGGCUACUAA